AUGGUCCGCCGGAAACGCCCCUAUGUUCCCAAGGUCAAAGGAUGCUACGAGUGCUCCCAAAGGCGCAUCAACUGUGAUCAGACGCGCCCAGGCUGCCUGAAAUGUGCCUCCCGCGGCAUCGACUGCAGCGGGUUUGGUGUGAAGUUCAGGUUUCGGGAAGGCCUGUCCCGCGGGGUGAAAACCGUCAAGUGGCAGAUGGAGCAGGCCAAAAGUCCUCGGAUGCAUGAUAUGCCACCAUCAAAUUUCGUCCCUCAAGCGAGUUCGCCAACGUGCGGCGCUUCGACAUGCAGCGAGGGCUCUCCCACCAACGGCGAGGAGUUUGUCGCAGAAGUGGGAAGCACAGCUUCCGUUGCCCUAGAAGACUCAAUAUUUGACUUUGACCUACCAUGUGGGCUCUUUGACGAUAUUGCUGGGGCUGUGGUCCCGCCAACACAUGAGGGCGUGGCUGAAGCCGGCUCGGAAGAGCUCGGAGACCAAAGCUUGCAGCUGUGGUCUUCUAUCGACAAAACAUCAUCAUGGAAAGACUUCUUGCUUAAUUACUUUUCUAUAAAAAUUGCUCCCGAGAUGGUCGUCAUUGAUGAUAACCACAACGGCUGGCGCCACGCAAUUCUACCAAUGGCCCAGUCUAACGAGAUAGUCAUGAACGCGGUCAUGGCGGCUGCUGCGUAUCACUUGGCUGGGUCUAUUGGAAUCGAGACCGUCUCCCAGGCGAUGAUUGAUCCCAGCCUGCUCUACGAAUCCGCCAUUCAGGGUCUCCAACAACGACAGCAAUUAACAAACCAAGACUUCGAGACGCAGCAAGCAGUCAUCCUAUCCAUUGUCGUUCUCCUAACUGCAGUCAUGGUAAACGGCUGCACAGACUUCCCCAUUAUGUUCCAAAUGCUAGUGUCGGCCCUUGAUGCCAUCGGAGGAGAAGCCACCUUCGCAGAGCUGGGCGGCGAGGUGGCUGAGUUUUCCAUCCGACAGAUCCGCAACAAGUCGUUAACGGGAGCGCAUAGGAUGCGGGUUUACGCCGCACCAUUACUGAGUCCGGAUACGGGACUACUCGAGAUCCUUUGCCGAGCGGAAGAGAGCUUCGACUGUCUAGAGUACUACAAGCGCCUCUAUCCUCAGCACGCAGAUGUUUUUGGCGUAAUUGAGAGCAUCCGACAGCAAGCUUAUAACAUAUAUCUCGACCGGGCCCUGAAGUCAUGCAACUCGCUGGAAGUCAACCCUGACAAGGAUGCUACUGAAGUAGAGAUUCCCGUUCAAGUUGACGAUGACGACGAGCCCUUGAUCGAAUAUUUCACUCAAACACUGGAGGCUUUUCCCAAAGAUGCACCGGGCGAGCACUGCUUUGUUUGGCCUUGCUACAUUGUCGGAUCUGCGAGCAGGAAUCCUCGUCAUCAAGCGAUUCUCGAAGGGUAUCUGGAGCGGCAGUAUUAUCGUAAUGGGUUCGCGAAUCUGCUUCGUGCGAAGGAGAUGCUGAGGUAUAUAUGGGAUCGCAGGGCCGAUCGUGAUGACUGGACGGCACUAUUGCCGGAGUCUCGUGUAUUUGUUAUGUAG